AUGGCUUCGUUAUCUGAACAAAAAUAUAUUACAUUAAGAAAACGUCUCGAUCAAUUUGGUUUUAAACAACCAUUAGCUAUUGAAUCUUUACCAUUAGUUGAAAAACUUUUUCAAGCUUUUAUUCAAACAACUGAAGAGCUUAAAAAAGCUAAAGAAAAUCCAUCUUUACCACCUGCUCCUGUACCAUCAACAAAUACAACGACAUCAGCAACAAUUUCAUCAACUCAUCCAUAUAAAAAUGAUAAUGCUCGACUUGUUAAAGAAAACAAUGAUCUUCAUUUAGAAUUAAUUAAAUGUCGUGAACAACUUGAUCAUCAUGUUAAAGAGUUUAAAAGUCAAUUAAGAAAAUUAGAACAUGAAAAUGCGGAUCUACGCUUUUUAAAUACACAAUAUAUUCAUCGAUUACGUUCAUUAGAAAAAGAGUCUCGUCAAAAAGAUAAUAAAAUAUUAGAAUUACAAGAAAAAAAUUUUCAAGCUGUUGUUCAAACACCAGGUGGAAAUAAACAUACAAUACCAUUUCGUCGUCAACGAUUAGAUAUUGAUGAAAUGUUACCUGAAUCAUCAUCACAACGAACAUUAGCUCAACAAUUACCCUAUGUUGAUGAUCCAUAUAUUAUUGAUAUUGUUAAAGUUACUGAAGAUCGUGUUGCUGAAUUAGAAUUAGAAUUACAACAACAAAAACAAUAUACAGAUGAAAUUGAAACAAAAAUGGCUAAUCUUAAAUAUCAGGUAAAUAUAUUCUAUUGA